CUUCUUCACCCACGUUCGCCGAGUCAACCGCGCGAGCUCAGAUUCUCUCUCUCCCUCUCUCAAUAACUUUCUCUGCGAAUCUUCAACCAACUUUCUCUGCUGCUGCUGCUCGCUCUCUCCUCGGAACGAGCCAACCAUGUCGUCUUCUGCCUCCUCGUCGCUGUCGUGUCCUAAGAAGAUGAUCACCCUGAAGAGCUCCGACGGAGAGACCUUCGAGAUCGAGGAGAUCGCCGCCUUACAGUCCAAGACUCUCGAGAACAUGAUCGACGAGGACUGCGCCGACACUUCAAUCCCGUUGCCGAAUAUCAACGGCAAGAUUCUGGCCAAGGUCGUGGAGUUCUGCACAAAGCACGCUGAGGUCGGCGUGGAUGCCGAGGGCCUCCGCGCUUGGGACGCCGAGUUCGUCAACGUCGAGCACUCUACCCUAUUUGACUACAUCCUGGCGGCAAAUUUCCUGGAAAUUCCAACCUUGCUGAACUUGGCGAGCGAGGCUGUGGCAGACAUGAUCAAGGGCAAAACCCCGGGUGAGAUACGCAAGUUUUUCAAUAUCAAGUCCACAUUCUCACCGGAAGAGGAAGAAGAGGAGCGUCGGGAGAACCAGUGGGCAUUUGAUUGAAAGCAAGCCUCUGCGAAUUUUGUCUACUACAUUGGUGGAACGUAGAAGCCUAAAACCCACCA